AUUGAACUCUUCCAGUAUAAAAUAUUAUGUGUUCCUAAUUAUUCAACGUUCGUGAACACAGCAUAGAUGGAUCGCUUGUUCCAAAUAUUGAUGCUGUCUUGUUUCUACUCAGUGCUGGAGGCCCAGAAAGUCCUGGUUGACCCCCAGGUGACAGGAUAUCAGGGUCAUGACGUCAUUCUGCCAUGUACCUUCCAGGGUAGUUCUAAUAUUACCAUGGGACAGUGGACACUAGGCCCAACCAAAGAGAAGGGCACAUCUCUGGGUGUCUUACACCCUCAACAAGGACUUCACAUUCCUCCAUCAGUCUUGACAGGGAGGGUGAAUUUCACUGAGAAUUUGACGAAGGCAUUUUCCAUGACUAUAAGGGAUGUGAGGAAGUCUGAUGAGGGAAGGUACACCUGCGAAAUGACUGUAUUCCCAAGUGGCUCCUUUAAAGAAACAUCCUACCUCACUGUACAGGCCCAGCCUCAGGCCACACCUCUAUCUGGUGUCAUCGCUGGCAUCGUGCUCGCCGUCCUCCUGGUGAUGGUUGUCAUGGCAGCCUCAGUGUACCUCUUCAUCAACAGGAAGAUGCAAAAUACUUUAGUAUCACAUACGGUCAUAACUGACACCAGAGGACCACCUGGCACAGCUACACAUGUGAUUGGAGGAGAAGAGGACCUGGUCUACUCUGACGUCACUGUGUUCAAGUCCCCCGGGACCAGAGGUGACAUAUCGUCCAUAAAACCCCCAGAUGCCACGAACCCCGAUGAUACCCUCUACUCCCAGGUGUCCGUGAGGUCUCAGCGCCCCGUCCUCCCGGACGACGCAGCAACAUACUCCCAGGUGAUGAAGAAGCGGACAUGUGAGACUUCUCCCUUGUAGUGUUGCUUUUGUGAACAAAAAUGAUGACUACAUAUCGUCGUCAGGGGAGUCAGAUGGCUGAGCGGUUAGGGAGUCGGGCUAGUAAUCUGAAGGUUACCGAUUCCCGGUUGUGCCAAAUGACGUUGUGUCCUUGGGCAAGGCACUUCGCCCUACUUGCCUCUGGGAGAAUGUCCCUGUACUUACUGUAAGUCGCUCUGGAUAAGAGCGUCUGCUAAAUGACUAAAUGUCGUCAACGAACCUUCAUCACGUGACGAAAACGAGACGAGUCGCACCGUAAAUGUUGGUCAUGUGACGGUGACUGUAGUUAAAUGUAUAAUGCAAUAUUGUUGACGAAUAAAAACAAGACUAAA